AUGAGAACUCAUUUCUUACGUAAUGCAUACAGAAAUGCAGUGCAACACUUUGGCCCGGAUAGAUAUAGAAGGGCGUUCAAUUGUAUGACCAAGUUCAAGACAAUGCAGCCCUUCGCAUCCCGCACUAACCCCGUAUCGCUGCGAUUAGCGAGUAUCGUUACUCUUAAAGAUUCAUUGCAAACUAGCAGUGGUGUGCAAACAAAUUUGCAUGAUAUUUUGGAUGGCACUGGAAUUGUUGGUGAGUUAACUGCUUCCUUGUGUGGUCUAGUGGAUCGAGUCAACGAGAAGUCUUUGAUUGCACUGCUCAGACAAAUCAACACUGCCCACAACAAGUUUAGAGAAUCGGCUAUGGUCGACGAUCUACUCUCUACGUGUUUUGACAACUACCAGUGCAUGCUACCAUUACUCAGGACAUUCGUUUGGGUGAUAGGCACUAGCAACACUUCAAUCAAUUAUAUCUAA